CGGACGCUGCCGUGGGUCUACGCUGGCGGCUGGGCCUGCGGCUCCGAACGGGCGCCGGUGGCGGCUGGGGAAGGCGAGGGACAGGCGGAGGCGCCGCUGGAUGUGAAGCAGGGCUGCAAGGCUUUCUCUGGUCCUUGUGUGCCCAUAGGGAUGGGUGAAGCCUGUGUGGCCCGUGGCUCUAACCCACGGCCGUCAUCUCGCUAAGGUUCCCUGGUGGCGAUAGGAUGCACCUCUCUGCCGUGCUCAACGCCCUCCUGGUGCCCGUGUUGGCGGCCGUGCUGUGGAAGUAUGUGCAGCUGCGUGAGCACGCGGCCUCCCUGGAGGAGGCGCUGGCCCUCGGGCAGCAGGCCUCGGACGCGGCCGCCGGGCUGAGGAUCGACUACCCGAAGGCCCUGCAGGUGCUCAUGGAGGGCGGCACGCACAUGGUGUGCACGGGCCGCACGCACACCGACCGCAUCUGCCGCUUCAAGUGGCUCUGCUACUCCAAUGAGGCCGAAGAGUUCAUCUUCUUCCACGGCAACUCCUCCGUCAUGCUGCCCAACCUGGGCUCCCGGCGCUUCCAGCCGGCCCUGCUGGACCUGUCCACCGUCGAGGACCACAACACUCAGUACUUCAACUUCGUGGAGCUGCCGGCCGCCGCCCUGCGCUUCAUGCCCAAGCCGGUGUUCGUGCCCGACGUGGCCCUCAUCGCCAACCGCUUCAACCCCGACAACCUCAUGCACGUCUUCCACGACGACCUGCUGCCGCUCUUCUACACGCUGCGCCAGUUCCCGGGCCUGGCGCGCGGGGCGCGGCUCUUCUUCAUGGAGGGCUGGGGCGAGGGCGCGCACUUCGACCUCUACAAGCUGCUCAGCCCCAAGCCGCCGCUGCUGCGCGCCCAGCUGAAGACGCUCGGCCGCCUGCUCUGCUUCUCCCAUGCUUUCGUGGGCCUCUCCAAGAUCACCACCUGGUACCAGUAUGGCUUCGUCCAGCCCCAGGGCCCAAAGGCCAACAUCCUUGUCUCUGGCAUCGAGAUCAGGCAGUUUACCCAGUUCAUGAUGGAAAAGCUGAAUGUGAGCCACUCGGGAUCCCCGCUAGGCGAGGAGUACAUCCUGCUCUUCAGCCGCACCCAGAACAGGCUCAUCCUGAACGAGGCAGAGCUACUGCUUGAGCUUGCCCAGGAGUUCCAGAUGAAGACUGUGACCGUGUCCCUGGAGGACCACAGCUUCGCCGACGUCGUGCGGCUGGUUAGCAAUGCCUCCAUGUUGGUCAGUAUGCAUGGGGCCCAGCUCGUCACCGCCCUCUUCCUGCCCCGAGGGGCCACUGUGGUUGAGCUCUUCCCCUAUGCCGUCAAUCCCGACCACUACACUCCCUAUAAGACGCUGGCCACGCUGCCCGGCAUGGACCUCCAGUAUGUAGCCUGGAGAAACAUGCUGCCAGAGAACACCGUCACUCACCCCGAGCGACCCUGGGACCAAGGGGGCAUCACCCACCUGGACCGGGCCGAGCAGGCCCGUAUUCUGCAAAGUCGUGAGGUGCCUCGGCAUCUCUGUUGCCGAAACCCUGAGUGGCUCUUCCGAAUCUACCAGGACACCAGGGUGGACAUCCCAUCCCUCAUGCAAUCCAUACGGCGUGUAGUGAAGGGCCGGCCAGGGCCGCGAAGGCAGAAGUGGACAAUUAGCCUGUACCCAGGCAAGGUACGGGAGGCACGUUGCCAGUCAUCAGUACAGGGCGCUGCCGAGGCGCGCCUCACUGUGUCGUGGCAGAUCCCGUGGAACCUCAAGUAUCUGAAGGUGCGGGAGGUGAAGUAUGAGGUGUGGCUGCAGGAGCAAGGGGAGAACACCUAUGUGCCGUACAUCCUGACCCUGCAGAACCACACCUUCACCGAGAACAUCAAGCCCUUUACCACCUACCUGGUGUGGGUCCGCUGCAUCUUCAACAAGAUCCUUCUUGGGCCUUUCACAGAUGUGCUGGUGUGCAGCACGUAGCCAGCAGGCCCCAGACAGGCCUUGGCAGGAGAGCUUCUGGAGCUCAGCAACCCUGAGCCUGCUAGUCCUGCUUUCCUGUCGGGGUCAUUUUCUUACUGAGCAGACCUGUGCUGGGGCUACUACCCAUGUCUUAUUGUCCUCUGAGCAGGGGAGUGUUCACAAAACUCCUCUUCGACCUGGAGAGAUGAGCGCCCUCCCCCUUCUGCUACCCUCAUUGUCCUGGCCCUGGGGAAGAUCCUUAGUGGGGAGGAAGAUGAGAGAAAGUCAGAUCCCAGGGAGGCACGCGGGUGAGGUGACUGCCAGGUCCUUCAGGAGGGUGUCCAGAUGUCUGGAAACUGAGCAGUCGUGUGGUUAGUGGGCUGGAUGGUUCAUCUGUGUCAUCACUGUGCAGGUUCACCUGUAGCCAGGUGAAGGUGUGUUUGCAACAGUCAUUAAAUGAUUAUGAGCAUUU